CAAAUCCUGAUCAUAUCCUUGCUUUCAAGUUCCAAUCUUCUCAUGGGUCACUCAAAUAUGCUGCAUGCAUACUUUCUUAUACAUUUCAUUAUAAACAGUUUUGUUUUUAUAACACCAGGGUCAUCAAGGCCAUGGCCACACACUUUAUUCCCAUCAUCACUCCCAAAUGAAGCCAUAGAUACAAACCUUUGUACAGACACCAGUUGCAUCAAAAUAGCCUCUUCAGAUUACGGAAAUAUCAUUCAAGAACUCCCCUUCGGCGUUCUAUAUCCUUCCUCAGUUUCCGAUAUCAAACACCUGGUCGAAUCCUCUUACAAUUCCACUACACCUUUCACUAUCGCAGCCCGUGGCAAUGGGCAUUCAGUUAGGGGACAAGCCAUGGCGAAAGAUGGGGUGGUUGUGAAUAUGGGAUCGAUGAGUAGUAAUGAAAACGAAAGGAUUUCUGUUAAUGGAAACUCUUCUUUAGGGUUUUAUGCAGAUGUGGGAGGUGAGCAGCUGUGGAUCAAUGUCUUGGAGACGACACUUGAGCAAGGACUCGCACCAGUCUCUUGGACGGAUUACUUGUAUCUUACCGUUGGUGGGACACUCUCUAAUGCAGGAAUUAGCGGACAAUCAUCAUUCCAUGGUCCUCAGAUCAGUAAUGUUCUUGAAAUGGAUGUCAUUACAGGGAAGGGGGAUUUAAUUACUUGCUCCAAAAACAUGAACUCUGAUCUCUUCAAUGCUGUUCUUGGUGGUCUUGGCCAGUUUGGGAUCAUAACUAGAGCAAGAAUUGUUCUAGACAAGGCACCAAACAGAGUGAAAUGGGUACGACUAAUUUACAAAGAUUUUUCCAAAUUCACCAAGGAUCAAGAGCAUUUGAUAUCAAUUGAUGGGUUCGAUUAUGUGGAAGGCUCUUUGAUCAUGAAAAAUACUCCUGCAAGCGAUUUUUUCUCGCCUUCUGAUAAAUCCAUGAUAAACUCGCUGGCAUCCGAAAAUGGCAUUUUAUACUGCUUAGAAGCAGUCAAAUAUUACGAUGAUCAUAUCAUAAACACCAUCGAUGAGGAACUUGAAAUGAUAUUGACAGGAUUGAGCUUCGAAUCUGGGUUUAGUUUCAAGAAAGAUGCAACUUUUUUCGAUUUUCUGAAUAGAAAACAAAACAGGAGUAGCUCAGGGCCAUUCCUCGUCUACCCAAUUAACCGAAAGAAGUGGGAUGAUAGUAUGUCGGUAGUUAUACCAGAAGAUGAUGAAGAUAUGUUCUACACCGUUGCAUUAUUAAACUCUGCUAAGGAUUACAAAGAUUGGGCGAUUAUGGAUGAACAAAAUACGGAGAUUUUACAGUUUUGUGAUAAAUCUGGGAUCAAGGUCAAGCAAUACUUUCCACAUUACAAAAAGAAAGAAGAAUGGAUGAAGCAUUUCGGCAAGAAAUGGGAUAUCUUUAACGAGAGGAAAGCUCAGUUUGAUCCAAAAAUGAUACUCUCUCCUGGACAAAGAAUUUUUAAUUCUGAAUGAAGUUUUUAUAUGUAAUAACUAUUUUAUGUCGCAUUUAUGUAUGAAAAAUAAUUUAGGUAAUGCACUUUAGUUUUUUUAAAUGUUAUAGGAAUAAUAUAUAUAUUAAUUAAUUAUGGAUCAAGAACACUUUAGGGUUAAUUUGUUGUAAUAUUGGCAUAUAUGACCCCAUAUAUUAAUUAAUAUAAUAUGUAUGUAUGAUAUCUAUACUUUUGUGAGAAUUGAGUCU